GAGGGAGGGGGGGAGAGGAGGGGAAAAAGGAGGCGGAGGGAGGAGGGAGGGGGCAGCUGGAGCCGCAGCUGGAGCAGCGGUGGGUGCAGCGGCCGCAGCUGGAACAGCAGCGGGAACGGCAGCCGGCGGCGGCGGCGGCAGCGGCAGCGGCUCCGGCGGCGCGCUGAGGAGGCUCCGCUGAGGCGGGCGGCGGGGACCGGCGGACGUCGGCGGCGCAGAGGAGGCGGCGGCGGAGGAGGCGGCGGCCGCUCGCAGCGCGGGGGCUCGGCGGCGCGAUGUGGCGGGGGCGGCUGCUGGGGAUCGCCCUGGGAGUCGCCGUGCUCUGGGCGUCGCAGGCGGGCGCCGCCGCCGCCGCCGGGCACUCGGAGGCGGCCAGCGCCAAGGAGAGCCGCGCCAGCCGCGCCAAGCGGCGAGGGCAGGGCGGCGCCGGGCACGACGCGCUCAAAGGACCCAAUGUGUGUGGAUCGCGUUACAAUGCUUACUGUUGCCCUGGAUGGAAGACUUUACCUGGUGGAAACCAAUGCAUAGUCCCAAUCUGCAGACAUUCCUGUGGGGAUGGAUUUUGCUCUAGACCAAACAUGUGCACAUGCCCAAAUGGUCAGAUAGCCCCCUCCUGUGGUUCAAAAUCAAUACAACACUGUAACAUCCGGUGCAUGAAUGGAGGUAGCUGUAGCGAUGACCAUUGCCUCUGUCAGAAGGGAUAUACAGGAACACACUGUGGACAGCCUGUCUGUGAAAACGGAUGUCUAAAUGGAGGGCGAUGUGUGGCUCCUAACCGAUGUGCUUGCACAUAUGGCUUCACUGGACCGCAGUGUGAAAGAGAUUAUAGGACUGGCCCGUGCUUCACUUUGGUGACCAACCAGAUGUGCCAAGGACAGCUCAGUGGAAUAGUCUGCACGAAGACCCUGUGCUGUGCAACCGUGGGGAGAGCCUGGGGCCACCCCUGCGAGAUGUGUCCAGCCCAGCCGCAUCCCUGCCGCCGAGGUUUCAUUCCCAACAUUCGAACUGGAGCCUGUCAAGAUGUGGAUGAAUGCCAAGCCAUCCCUGGGAUCUGUCAAGGGGGAAAUUGCAUUAAUACUGUUGGAUCUUUUGAGUGCAAAUGCCCAGCUGGACACAAGUUUAAUGAAGUGACACAAAAAUGUGAUGAUAUUGAUGAAUGCAGCACCAUUCCUGGAAUCUGUGAUGGAGGAGAGUGUUCAAACACAGUUAGCAGUUACUUCUGCAAGUGUCCGCCAGGGUUUUAUACAGCUCCUGAUGGUUUAAAAUGCAUAGACAUGCGUCCUGGAUACUGCUUCUCUUCUCUGACCAACGGGCGCUGCGGCAACCAGCUUCCACAGCCUUUAUCCAAAAUGCAGUGUUGCUGUGACAGUGGCCGAUGCUGGUCUUCUGGUGCAGUGAGUGCUCCUGAAAUGUGUCCGAUCAGAUCUACUGAUGAGUAUCGCAAAUUGUGCUCAGUAUUUGCUAUGCUGCCAGCAAGACCUGACCUUCCUCCGGGCCGUCCUGACAUCAUUCCUCCUGAUACAGUUAUUCCUGGUGUUUACCCUCCUCUGGUCCCUCAGCCAGAAAUAGUUUAUCCAUCUCGUGCUCCACCACCUCACGUGAUCUUGCCGGUGAACUUCACUGACUAUUGCCAGCUGUUCCGACAUCUCUGUCUUAAUGGACGCUGUAUUCCCACUCCUGGGAGCUACCGCUGCGAGUGCAACAAAGGAUUCCAACUAGAUGUUAGAGGGGAAUGCAUUGAUGUCGAUGAAUGUGAGAAGAAUCCAUGCAUCAGUGGAGACUGUGUGAACACCCAAGGAUCCUACAUAUGCCAGUGCCGUAUAGGAUAUCAGAGUACACCGACUAGAACAGAGUGCCGAGACAUUGAUGAAUGUUUACAGAAUGGUCGUAUCUGUAAUAAUGGACGAUGCAUAAACACAGAUGGCAGUUUUCACUGUGUUUGCAAUGCUGGCUUUCAAGUGGCAGCUGAUGGGAAAAACUGUGAAGAUAUGGAUGAAUGCAGCAUAAGGAACAUGUGCCUGAACGGGAUGUGCAUCAACGAAGAUGGCAGUUUUAAAUGCAUUUGUAAACCAGGGUUCCAGUUAGCAUCUGAUGGACGUUACUGCAGAGACAUCGAUGAGUGUGAGACAGCUGGAAUAUGCAUGAACGGACGCUGUGUGAACACUGAUGGCUCUUUCAGAUGUGAAUGCUUCCCUGGCCUUGCAGUAGGCCUGGACGGACGCGUGUGUGUCGAUACACAUAUGCGAAGCACAUGCUAUGGUGGCUACAAGAGAGGACAAUGCGUGAGACCAUUAACUGGCGCAGUUACAAAAUCAGAGUGCUGUUGUGCCAGCACUGACUACGCCUUUGGAGAGCCCUGUCAGCCCUGUCCAGCGCAAAAUUCAGCUGAAUAUCAGGCUCUGUGCAGCAGUGGAACUGGCAUGACUGCAGGAGGAAAUGAUAUUAAUGAGUGCUUACUGGAUACUGAUCUCUGUCCAAAUGGAAGAUGUGAGAAUCUGCAUGGAACAUACAAAUGUAUUUGUGACCCGGGGUAUGAAGUGGAUUCAACUGGGAAAAACUGCAUUGACAUUGAUGAAUGUGCACUGAACAUGCUGCUUUGUGACAAUGGACAAUGCAGAAAUACCCCUGGAAGUUUCACCUGCACCUGUCCCAAAGGAUUUGUAUACACUCCUGACCUGAAAACAUGUGAAGAUAUUGACGAGUGUGAAUCUAACCCCUGUGUUAAUGGGGUGUGCAAAAACACCCCCGGCUCUUUCGCCUGUGAAUGUGCUCCUGAAAGUACAUUGGAUACAACAAGAACCAUCUGCAUAGAAACUGUUAAAGGCACCUGUUGGCAGAACAUAGUGGAUGGAAGAUGUGAAAUAAAUAUCAAUGGAGCAACUCUGAAGUCCCAGUGCUGUUCCUCACUAGGCGCUGCUUGGGGUAGCCCAUGUACACCAUGUGAACGAGACCCGAUAUGCCAAAAGGGAUAUUCAAGAAUAAGAGGAACAUUGUGUGAAGAUGUAAAUGAAUGUGAGGUGUUCCCAGGAGUUUGUACAAACGGGCAGUGUGUCAAUACCUUGGGAUCAUUUGUUUGCCAGUGCCCCAAUGGAAUGACUUUAGAUGCUUCUGGACGGACAUGUCUUGACAUUCGCUUGGAGAGUUGCUACCUGCAGCACGAAGAUGAGCAAUGCGCCUUACAGAUACCAGGCCGACACCGAAUGGAUGCUUGCUGCUGUUCAGUGGGUGCAGCGUGGGGCUUUGAGUGCGAGGAGUGUCCUCUGAAAGGAUCACCUGAGUAUGAAGCACUUUGUCCAAGAGGACCUGGGUUCUCUACUAAAAUAGAGAUAACUGGAAAACCUUUCUCUAAAGAUAUCAAUGAAUGUAAAAUGGUCCCCAGUCUUUGUACCCAUGGAAAAUGCAGAAACACCAUUGGCAGUUUUAAGUGUAGAUGUGACAGUGGAUUUGCACUUGAUUCCGAAGAAAGGAAUUGCACAGAUAUUGAUGAGUGUCGCAUCUCUCCUGAUCUUUGUGGCCAGGGUGUCUGUGUCAAUACUCCUGGGGACUUCAGAUGUGACUGUUUUGAAGGCUAUGAAAGUGGAUUUAUGAUGAUGAAAAACUGCAUGGACAUCGAUGAGUGUCAGCGCAAUCCCCUUCUCUGCCGAGGUGGCACCUGCAUCAACACAGAGGGAAGCUUUCGAUGCGAUUGUCCUCCAGGUCAUCACAUCUCACCAAAUAUCUCUGCGUGUAUAGACAUUAAUGAAUGUGACCUAAGCACCAGCCUGUGCCGAAACGGACAUUGCGUCAACCUGAUCGGAAAAUAUCAAUGUGCUUGCAACCCUGGGUAUCAGUCCACUCCUGACAAAUUAUACUGCAUUGACAUUGAUGAGUGCAGCAUAAUGAAUGGUGGCUGUGAGAACUUCUGUACAAACUCGGAGGGCAGCUAUGAAUGCAGCUGUAAACAAGGCUUUGCACUCAUGCCAGACCACAGGACAUGCACUGAUAUUGAUGAGUGUGAAGACAAUCCUAACAUCUGUGAUGGAGGCCAGUGCACAAACAUCCCAGGAGAAUACAGGUGUCUUUGCUAUGACGGAUUCAUGGCUUCUGAAGACAUGAAGACUUGCAUAGAUGUUAAUGAGUGUGAUCUACAUCCAAAUAUCUGUCUGAGUGGAACCUGUGAGAAUACAAAAGGCUCUUUUAUCUGUCACUGUGAUAUGGGAUAUUCAGGCAAGAAAGGCACAACCGGUUGCACAGAUAUCAAUGAGUGUGAAAUUGGAGCCCAUAACUGCGAUAGACAUGCCAUAUGUACAAACACAGCGGGAAGUUUCAAAUGUAGCUGCAGCCCUGGAUGGAUUGGAAAUGGCAUCAAGUGCACAGAUCUGGAUGAGUGCUCCAAUGGAACGCACAUGUGCAGCCCACAUGCCGACUGCAAGAACACAAUGGGCUCUUACCGUUGCCUGUGUAAAGAAGGUUAUACUGGGGAUGGCUUCACUUGUACAGACCUCGAUGAAUGUUCAGAAAACUUGAAUCUCUGUGAAAAUGGGCAAUGCCUCAAUGCCCCUGGAGGAUAUCGCUGUGAAUGUGAUAUGGGAUUUUUGCCAAGUCCGGAUGGGAAAGCAUGUGAAGAUAUCGACGAGUGUUCACUUCCUAACAUCUGUGUCUACGGUACUUGCCACAACCUCCCUGGUCUUUUCCGAUGCGAGUGUGAAGUGGGUUAUGAGUUGGACAGAAGUGGUGGUAACUGCACAGAUGUUAAUGAAUGUGCAGAUCCCACAACCUGCAUUAGUGGCACCUGUGUCAAUACUGCUGGUAGUUACACCUGUGAGUGCCCUCCUGAUUUUGAGCUGAAUCCCACCCGAGUUGGAUGUGUUGAUACACGAUCUGGCAACUGUUACCUGGACGUUAAAACUCGUGGAGAUAAUGGUGGCACCUUCUGCAGCAAUGAGAUCGGAGUGGGUGUUUCCAAAGCCUCUUGUUGUUGCUCCCUCGGUAAAGCUUGGGGGGUUCCCUGUGAACAUUGCCCAGCUGUGAAUUCAACUGAAUAUAAGGUUCUUUGCCCUGGAGGGGAAGGAUUCCGACCAAACCCUAUUACAGUUAUAUUAGAAGAUAUUGAUGAAUGUCAAGAGCUGCCUGGACUUUGCCAAGGAGGAAAAUGUAUUAAUACAUUUGGUAGCUUCCAGUGUCAGUGUCCAUCAGGGUACUAUUUGAAUGAAGAGACUCGAGUGUGUGAUGAUGUGAAUGAGUGCGAUACCCCUGGCAUUUGUGGACCUGGCACAUGUUACAAUACUGUUGGGAACUACACCUGCAUCUGUCCUCCUGACUACAUGCAAGUCAAUGGAGGGAACAACUGUAUGGAUAUGAGAAGAAGUCUGUGCUACAGAAAUUACUAUGCUGACAAUCAGACCUGUGAUGGCGAGCUGCUCUUUAAUAUGACCAAGAAAAUGUGCUGCUGUUCCUACAACAUUGGACGUGCGUGGAAUAAGCCCUGUGAACAGUGCCCUAUCCCAAGCACUGAUGAAUUCUCCACGCUUUGUGGAAGUCAGAGGCCUGGCUUUUUCAUUGACAUUUAUACAGGAUUACCAGUUGAUAUUGAUGAAUGCAGAGAGAUUCCUGGAGUGUGCGACAACGGAAUCUGUAUAAACAUGGUUGGCAGCUUCCGAUGCGAGUGUCCAGUGGGUUUCUUUUACAAUGACAAGCUGCUGAUCUGUGAAGAUAUUGAUGAAUGCCAAAAUGGACCAGUGUGUCAACAGAAUGCAGAAUGUGUCAACACAGCUGGUAGCUACCGUUGUGACUGUAAACCUGGCUACAGGUUCACAUCAACUGGCCGCUGUACUGAUCGAAAUGAGUGUCAAGAAAUUCCCAAUAUCUGUAGCCAUGGGCAGUGUAUUGACACUGUUGGAAGUUUCUACUGCAUUUGUCACAAUGGAUUCAAGACCAACGAUGACAGAACAAUGUGUAUAGAUAUUAAUGAGUGUGAAAGAGACGCCUGUGGCAAUGGAACCUGCAGAAACACCAUUGGCUCUUUCAACUGCCGCUGCAAUUUGGGGUUCAUCCUCUCACACAACAAUGACUGCAUAGAUGUGGACGAGUGUGCAAGUGGAAACGGGAUGCUCUGCAGGAAUGGUCAGUGUGUGAACACAAUUGGGUCCUUCCAGUGUCUGUGCAAUGAUGGCUAUGAGGUGGCUCUGGAUGGAAGGACUUGUGUUGAUGUCAAUGAGUGUGCACUGGAGCCUGGCAAAUGCUCACCGGGCACAUGCCAGAACUUGGAUGGAUCAUUCAGAUGCAUUUGUCCUCCUGGAUAUGUCCUGCAAAAUGACAAAUGUGAAGACAUUGAUGAGUGUGUGGAACAGCCAGAAAUUUGUGCACUGGGCACAUGCAGCAACACUCCAGGCAGUUUCAAAUGCCUGUGUCCAGAAGGCUUUGUGUUAUCUUCCACGGGAAGACGAUGCCAAGAUCUGAGAGUGAGUUACUGCUUUACCAAAUUUGAAGAUGGAAAAUGUUCUGUGCCGAAGUCCCGAAACCACUCCAAACAAGAGUGUUGUUGUGCCUUGAAGGGACAGGGAUGGGGCGAUCCGUGUGAACUCUGCCCAGAGGAAGCAGAUGAGGCAUUCCGGCAGAUUUGUCCAUUUGGAAUUGGCAUCCUUGUUGGACCCGGUGAUGCAAGGCUGGAUGUGGAUGAGUGCCUUGAUCCAGAUAAUUGUAAAUUUGGGCAGUGUAUCAACACAGAUGGGUCCUUCCGCUGUGAAUGUCCGUAUGGUUACAUCCUGCAAGGAGCUCAGUGUGUGGAUACUGAUGAAUGUGCUGUUGGAAAUCCGUGUGGAAAUGGAACUUGCAGAAAUGUGGUAGGAGGUUUUGAAUGCACCUGCGUUGAGGGAUUUGAGCCGGGACCAAUGAUGACCUGUGAAGAUGUGAACGAGUGCAUUCAGAACCCUCUGCUGUGCGCUUUCCGCUGCGUGAACACCUUUGGGUCCUACGAGUGCAAGUGCCCCACCGGCUACGUUCUGCGAGAGGACCGGAGGAUGUGCAGAGAUCAGAAUGAGUGUGAAGAAGGUAUUCAUGACUGUGACUCAAAACAAAUGGAGUGCAAAAACCUAAUAGGCACCUAUAUGUGUAUCUGUGGACCAGGUUAUCAGCCCAGACCGGAUGCAGAAGGCUGUGUAGAUGAGAAUGAAUGUCAGACCAAACCUGGGAUCUGUGAGAAUGGCCGUUGCAUAAACACCGUGGGAAGUUACAGAUGCGAGUGCAAUGAGGGAUUCACUGUCAGUGACAGCCAGAACGAAUGCCUUGACAACAGGGAGGGCUACUGCUUCACUGAAGUGCUACAAAGUAUGUGUCAAAUCGGAUCAAGCAACAGGAACUCUGUCACCAAGUCUGAAUGCUGCUGCGAUGGUGGCCGAGGCUGGGGGCCAAACUGUGAGGUCUGCCCCUUCCCAGGCACCAUGGCCUUCAAAAAGCUUUGCCCUCAUGGCCGAGGAUACAUGUCUAAUGGAGCAGAUAUUGAUGAGUGCAAGGUUAUUCAUGAUGUCUGUCGUAACGGGGAAUGCAUCAAUGAGAGAGGAUCUUAUCGUUGUCAUUGCAACCUUGGCUACACUACAGAUAUAACUGGCACUCUUUGCAUAGAUCUGAAUGAAUGUAAUGAGUCACCAAAACCUUGCAAUUUCAUCUGCAAAAACACAGAGGGGAGCUUCCAGUGUUCAUGUCCGAAAGGGUACAUCCUGCAAGAAGAUGGGAGAAGCUGCAAAGAUCUUGAUGAAUGUGCAACAAAGCAGCACAACUGCCAGUUCCUUUGUGUCAACACUAUUGGGGGCUUCACUUGUAAAUGUCCUCCUGGAUUCACUCAGCACCAUACAGCCUGCAUAGAUAAUAAUGAAUGUGCUACUGAAAUCAAUCUCUGUGGGGCAAAGGGUAUUUGCCAGAAUACACCAGGAAGUUUUGUUUGUGAGUGUCAGCGCGGCUUCUCACUCGAUCAAACUGGGCUUAGCUGUGAAGAUGUUGAUGAAUGUGAUGGAAACCACCGGUGUCAGCAUGGUUGCCAGAAUAUAAUUGGAGGAUACAGGUGUAGCUGCCCACAAGGAUAUCUCCAGCAUUACCAAUGGAACCAAUGUGUUGAUGAAAAUGAAUGUCUCAGUGCACACAUUUGUGGAGGAGCAUCUUGCCACAAUACUUUGGGAAGCUAUAAAUGUAUGUGCCCUACCGGAUUUCAGUAUGAACAGUUUAGUGGAGGUUGCCAAGAUAUCAAUGAAUGCGGUUCUGCACAAGCCCCAUGCAGUUAUGGUUGUUCAAAUACUGAAGGUGGCUAUGUCUGUGGAUGUCCACCUGGUUACUUCAGAAUAGGACAAGGGCACUGUGUUUCUGGAGUGGGGCUAGGCAGAGGUCAAGGACAAGAGUUAUCAGUCAGUGGAGAAGUAGACGACAACUCCCUCUCUCCCGAAGCUUGUUAUGAAUGUAAAAUCAAUGGCUAUCCCAAGAGAGGAAGAAAGCGCAGAAGCACUAAUGAAACCGCAAAUGAAGCAGAGGAUCAGCAAGAGCUGGAACCACCAAUCAGUCUCGCCAGCUGGGAUAUUGAGAAAGCAGCAGUCUUUUCCAUCAACAUCUCGGAGCUCAGUAAUAAAGACCGCAUCCUGGAACUGCUUCCAGCCCUCACAACACUGACAAACCAUAACCGAUAUUUAAUUGACUCCGGAAAUGAAGAUGGUUUCUUUAGAAUCAAUAAGAAGGACGGGAUAAGUUACCUUCAUUUCACAAAGAAGAAGCCAGUGCCUGGAAACUAUUCAUUACAAAUCAGUAGUAUUCCACUCUAUAAAAAGAAGGAACUUAACCAGCUUGAAGAGAAACAUGACAAAGACUACCUCAGUGGUGAGCUGGGAGAUAACCUGAAAAUGAAAAUUCAGAUAUUGCUUCAUUAAUUCAUCAACCAAAGACCAAAUAAUUAAACCAAAGAUAGAUAGGUAGGACUGAAUAUUCCUCCCAAUCAGAUUCUCCAUAUCAUAGGUACAAUCUUACAUGAGUACAUUGGUAUGAACGAGCACUAUUAUAUUAUUACAUAAACAAGGUACAGGAUGAAUACCCUAGCUCAAACAACCACUUUCUCAGGCUUGUAAGUGUAGCUGAGCUACCUUGAUAUGUUGAAUCUUGAAAACUGGGACUUUUAUCAUUGGAAGUUGGCCACUGAUGCUGAGACACAUCAUCAUUUCAGCAGAGGUACAAGAAUGUGCUUUCAACUGAUGGACAGCUCUAUUUUUGUAAUUCUUAAACUUUGCUUCUCCAACUACAACUUACUAGGUCAGCCAUUUAUGAUAUCCAUUUGGUGCUAGUAAAUUUUCAACCUAGAUUUAUAAAUGCACUGUAAUAUUUACACAACUUAGAAGCCAAAAUUGCCAUUAUUCAGUCUAAAUACUUCAAUCAACCAAAGUUAGCUCAGUAGUUUAUCUCAGUUAUGCCUAUAAUACAUUACAUGUAAAUUAAGUGUGUGUAUACUGUAAUCAUGCUAUUUUUAUCAAUGAAGCAUUUGUAAACUAGAUUAAUAAUACCCUUAAUGUGAGGGUUUGUAAUGGUGCUUAUAAGACCAACUACUUGUUAACUGUAUACACAAACCUGAUGAUAAAGUUUCUGUGACUUACCAAAAUGCACUGAGGUCAGUAGGGACCAUUAAACAUUCUCAAAAGUCAGAUGACAAUCAGUGCCAUCCUACACCAUGACAUUAUGUAACGUGUCAAGAGUACCCAUAAUCAUUCAUAUCAAGAAGGGUUCAAUGUCAUAAAUGUCACAAUAAAACAGUUUUUUUUUUAGUUUA